AGUAUUUUAAAAAGUCCUCUCACACCUUAGAGUAGAGCAGGUCCUCUUGCCACAACUUUUGGUACUGCCACCACUAUGUGGGAGCUCUGGACACUCCUGCUGCUCGUCCUGGCCUAUUACUUGUGGCUCAAGAAGGAUCCUAGAGCCAAGUACCCAAAGAGCCUCCCAUCCCUGCCUGUGCUGGGCAGCCUGCCCUUCCUCCCCAGACACGGCCAGCCCCACGUGAACUUCUUCAAGCUGCAGGAGAAGUAUGGGCCCAUCUAUUCCUUCCGAAUGGGAAGCAAGAUGACAGUGAUUGUGGGCCACCACCAGCUGGCCAAGGAGGUGCUUCUCAAGAAAGGCAAGGAGUUCUCUGAGAGGCCCAGUAUGGUGACCACUGACAUCCUGUCUGACAACCAAAAGGGUGUUGCCUUCUCCAAUGGUGCCCAGUGGCAGCUGCAUCGAAAGCUGGUGCAGGCUUCCUUUGCUCUGUUCAAGGAUGGCAGCCAGAGGCUAGAGAAGAUCAUACAUAAGGAAAUCAGCUUAAUGUGUGAUUUCCUGGCUACCCAGAACGGACAGUCCACAGAUUUGUCUUUGCCUAUCUUCUUGGCUGUGACCAAUGUCAUCGGCUUGAUCUGCUUCAACUGCUCCUACAAGAUUGGGGAUCCUGAGCUCAAGGUCAUAAAGAAUUACAAUAAUGGCAUCGUGGAAUUUGUGGGCCAGAACAAUAUGGUGGACAUCUACCCCUGCUUGAAGAUUUUCCCCAACAAAAGCCUGGAAAUGAUGAGAAACUGUGUUAAGAUGAGAGAUAACUUGCUGAAUAGAAUUGUUAAAAAAUAUAAGGAGAACUUCAGCAGUGACUCCAUCACUAAUUUGUUGGACAUAAUGGUCCAAGCCAGGAUGAACUCCGAAAAGGACGGUGCUGACCAAAAUGAGAACUUAAAGAUGCUUUCAGAUAGACACAUUCUCUCCACCAUAGGUGACAUCUUUGGGGCAGGAGUGGAGACCACCACCACUGUGGUACAGUGGACAGUGGCCUUCCUGCUACACAACCCUCAGCUAAAGAAGAGGAUCCAGGAGGAGAUUGACCAGAAUAUAGGCUUCAGCCGAACACCAAAUAUCAAGGACCGGAACCACGUCAUCCUGCUGGAAGCCACCAUCAGAGAGGUGCUGCGCAUCAGACCUGUGGCUCCUUUGCUCAUCCCCCACAAGGCCACUGUUGACACCAGCAUUGGUGACCUUGCCAUUGACAAGGACACAGAGGUUAUCGUCAAUUUGUGGGCGCUUCAUCACAGUGAGAAGGAGUGGCACCAGCCUGACAAGUUCAUGCCCGAGCGCUUCUUGGACCCAGAAAGGAAGCAUCUCAUCACACCCUCCAUGAGCUACCUUCCUUUUGGAGCUGGUCCCCGUACUUGCUUAGGUGAGAACCUGGCCCGCCAGGAGCUCUUCCUCUUCAUGGCCUGGCUGCUGCAGAGGUUCGACCUGGAGGUCCCGGAUGAUGGACAGCUUCCCUGCUUGGAAGGCAUCGCCAAGGUGGUUUUACUGAUUAAACCUUUCAAAGUGAAGAUCAAGGUUCGCCAGGCCUGGAGGGAGGCCCAGGCUGACAGGAGCACCUAGAGGGCUUCCUCACACCUGUCUCCACCCCAGGAAGCCUUACAACAUGCUUCAGAGAGGCUAUCCCCCCCCCUCCUUCCCUUCCCCUCUCCUGGCCCAUCUGCCUUCUACCAGCCUGCAGCCUGGCAUCUGUGGGCAUGAAUAACCCAGCACACUUUGCAUUGAACCCCAGUUCUGCCUAUGUGUCUCUGUACCUGGACACUCAGCCUCCCCGGGCUUGUGAAGCUCAUUCGAGUAAGGGCUGACAAAUAAAGAUAGAUUGCAGAGAGUCCUUGGAGCCCUGGCAUCAACUAUCCCGAUGGUGAGGUGAGAAUACUGAGGUGGGGAAGCCAUGGUGACAAGGGGUUGAUCAGGCAGCUUGAGCACCUGGGGCAGGUGUCCUGUGCUGGGGGAGCACAGGUGAGAAGACCUCUAGCAGGGAAGGUCAGUGUGGCUGGAGCAGAGCCAGUGAGGGGACAGUGGGUGUGGGUUACAUCAGAUCUGUGCAAGGAGCAGGAGUUCAGCCUCUUAUCCAUAUGUGUCCUCAGUGCACUGAGGGUUUAAACAUGUAAGAUAAAAGUCUAGUUUAUACUUGAAUUAUCAUUCCAGCUGCUGAUUCAGUCAUUCUAUAGAGAAUGUGGGUGGCUGCUGUGUUAAUCCAAGAUAGUGUGUUGAUGGUGCCAAAACCGUCUAUACUAACAGAGAUGAGAGAUUCUAGGGAAUGAGUUUACGAGUUUCUAUUUUGAAAGCACAGCAAACCCCCCCCAUUGUCUUAACCCCAGUAAACAUCACUACCUGAACCUCAAAGCUUUGGAUGGGAGAGCAUGUGACUCCACAGUCGUGACCUGCCACCACCUCGCCCUCCCAUCUGGGCUCUUUCUUGUCCCAGUAGGGCAUCACACUGGCCAGAAAUGGUUUUUUCAGCCUCAUUGAUGAAGCAACUCAUUCUCAUAACUCCAGAUAGCUGUCUAUACUUCAGUGGAAUAAAGAGUCAUGAUUUCUUAAAACUUAAAA